AUGUUUAACUAUGAAAGUAUACUCAUUAACGAAGAUGCUGUUUCAGGAAUGACCAUAGAAGAUGUAAAAAGGCUAAAGCCGUACUGGAAUGUGCAAAUAGCUAAUUUUAAGGAAAGCCCGAACGAACCCGUUUUCACGUUAUUGCAAAUGGCAAUCCUUCUGAACAAGAAGACCAUCGUUGGGUACUUGCUGGCUAGGCGCGGGUUGGAUAUUAAUGCCCUCAGUAGGAACAACCAGACCGCUCUCAUGAUUGCUUGUGAGAAGAAGGUCCCACUGGACUGGAUUGAGGCCAUAUUAAAAAAGGGCGGAGAUCUGGGAAUAAAUAUAAAAGACGAUUUUGAUGAAACCGCACUGGACAAAUGUGUCUAUAACUCGCAAGUCUAUCAAUUGCUUCUGAAGUAUGGAGCCAUAGAAAAUGUAAAUCAAUUAAGAGAAACACAUGAAAUGUGUUUUUACCAAAGAUAA